UAGGUUUCUCUCAUCUCACCAAACAUCAGAACAAAACAUUUUUCCUGCGAAUCUCAGCUUACUUACAAACAAAGAAAACAAAAAUGGCUGAAGAGAACCAAGUGAUUGGCUGCCACACUGUUGAGGCUUGGACUCAGCAACUUGAGAAGGGAAACGAGGCUAAGAAACUGGUGGUGGUGGAUUUCACGGCUUCAUGGUGUGGACCAUGCCGUUUCAUUGCCCCAGUUCUGGCAGAGCUUGCUAAGAAGACUCCUAAUGUCUUAUUCCUGAAGGUUGAUGUGGAUGAAUUGAAGACCGUAGCUGAGGAAUGGGCUGUGGAGGCAAUGCCAACCUUUUUGUUCUUGAAAGAAGGCAAAUUAGUGGACAAGGUUGUGGGUGCAAAGAAAGAGGAGUUGCAGCUGACUAUAGAAAAGCAUGCCACUUCUGUUGAAUGAAAUGUAAUAUGGAGGAGAAUAUACGAACCUCAGUACUGUAUGAGUGUUUUCUAGUUUUCAUUUGAUGAUAAGAACUGAGCUACUACUACUCUGGUAGUAGAUGUCUAAAAUGUGUGCUUGUUGUAUGCAGCUACAUUUUACCUUUUAAUAUUUAUGGUUUUAAGUAAUGUGAAGUAGUCCACAGUGCUUUCGUUUA